AUGAAUAUUGGGCGUCGAAUACGACCGAGGAAACUACAUUUGAGAUUAUAUUCUCAAGUGAAAGUUCCGUGGUCAUUGGAAACUCCAAUAACUCCUAAAACAGUUACAGAUAUUUUACCUCAUUUUGUUCAAUUACCAAUUGAAGAACAAGAUACAUUAAUUGAAAAACAUCCUAAAUUACUCAAUGUACAAUUACAAAUAAUGCUAUAUUCUGAACUGGAUAGUUUGAAGACAUUCAAAUUUAUUUGUAAGUACGGUCAACAUUUGCAAUCAGAAUUUAUUCAGAUAUUUAUUUACAAUUUACUUUUAUCAAAUAACCUCAAGGCAACAACUACAUUAUUGCAUCAGCUUUUACACGAAAAUAAAGAGUUUCAAAUGUCAAAUGAAUUAUGGGCAUUAUAUAUGGAUAAAGUUUGUUAUAUGGGGGAUUAUCUUGGGGCAACAAUGAUAUAUCAUGAAUUAGUUGAUAACGUAAAGUUUUAUGAAGAAACAAGUUAUUUAGUACAAACAAAUAAUCUAAUGCCAUUCUUGAUCAAUGAAUCUACCUUGGUAGCUUUAGCAUAUAUAUUUAGAAACAACAAAGACGCGUCACGAGUUGGUGGCAUAAUACAGUAUUUUCGUCGAUUUUAUUCAUUUUUACGUUCACAAUAUAUUUACAAGUCUUUAUUGAUUUUGCAAAUUGAAUCAUAUGCUGAACUUGGAGACCUAGAACAAUGUUUAAAAUUAUUUACAGCUUUUGGAUUUAAUCAUAAUCAAAGUGAUGUAAAAAGAAACAGGAAUGUGCAAGCAGGAUGGGAGAAUAUACACAAACGACAUGAAGCCAUCCAAACCAAUGAGAAUCCAUUAUUAUACAAGGAUUCAAAAUAUGAUUUGGAUAUUCACCAGAAUUUAUUAGCUGAAAUUUGUAAUACCGAGUUAUUUAAUCCUAUCAUUCAUAGAAAUGUCUAUUCUUCAUCUAAAACUGGACACAACCCAGUUAUCAAUGGAUCUAUAUCUGUCAAUGAUUUGCCAGCUUUGGAAACGUUAAUCACUGAAAAAGUGGCUACCAUGGAAAUGAGGGAAUUAUUACAUCUAACAAAAAUGUCUCAUCAAUCAAUUAAUCUUUUCAUAGUUGCUGGAUUAUGCAAUGUCAAUAAACCACAUAUGGCACUUCAGUAUUUGAAAACAUUAUCACAUAUUUUCCCCACUAUAUCAAGGAAAAAUCUUAUAAAGAAUCAAAAUUUUAUUCGUAUUUUACAUGCUACACAAGAUGUGGAACUCGCCAAGGAAGUGAUGAACUAUUAUCGUGAUAUCCAUAAUGACUACAUUAAUGUUCAAGUGUUACAAGCGUAA